AUGGCGCCCUCAAAGACGAGAACCAUCAAGAACAAGCACGCAUCCAACGGCUCCGGUAUCAAGAACAGCAAGAAUGCCGCCAAGAACGCCAGCGCCGUGCCCGACGGCAUCGUCAGGAAAUCCAAAGACACCCCCAAGGGUACCAAGCCGCUGAAGGCCAAGGGAAAGUCGAACCUCGACGCCCUGCUGAAGAAGCGCAAGAAGAAGGUCUACACAGAGGCGGAGCUCGAUAUUCCCAAGUUGAACAUGGUCACGCCCGCCGGUGUGGCGAAGCCCAAGGGCAAGAAGAAGGGCAAGGUCUUUGUCGACGAUAGGGAGAGCAUGACGACAAUUCUCGCCAUGGUACAGGCCGAGAAGGAGGGCCAGAUCGAGUCUAAGAUGAUGAAGGCUAGACAGAUGGAGGAGAUCCGCGAAGCUCGCCGAGUAGAGGCCGAGAAGAAGGACGAGGAGAGGAAGUCGAAGUUGGAGGACACCAAGGACUCACUGCGUAAGAAGAGGAAGCGCGCCACCAACGGAAAGCCCGAUACCGAGGAGAACGUCAACCACAUUGCGAUCUCCGGGUCCCGGGCUGCCAAGCCCAAGAAGAAGAAGAGCGUCUCGUUCGCGUAA